UGUGAAAAUAACACAAAUUUUUAAUGAAAUUUAAUAGUUACGAAAUAUUUUCAAUUUAUUAAUUAAAUUUCAUUAUGGCCAUGUCACCUGGUGUAAAGGAACGUUUAGAAGUUGUUUACGAUAUUGUCAAGACCACUUUUCAUUGGGGUUUCUUACCAAUGGUCCUGUAUUUGGGUUUCAAAAAAGGCGCUGAACCUGGCAUGCCACCAUUAUCAUUGAUGAGUUUAUUGUGGCAGUAAAUAUAUAUGGGGACUUUAGUUAUUUAGAUAAUUUUAAAAUGGGGGUCUGACACAACAAUUUCCAUACUAAUGCGGAAAGUUGUUUAGCAUUUGUUUUGCUUAAUGCAAGGUUUAAAUUAAUAAAUAAAAUGUUAUUUUUCAAAUACAUUUAAACAAGUA